GAAAAACAUUUAUCUCUUCUCUUCCCUCAGGGAAAACGGAGAGAGGAUCCUACUCCUAUGGAAGAGACUCCAACUUACACGGGUGUCAUCAGCCGAGCCUCCUGGGAGGAGAAAUGGGCAGCCCUGGGGCGGUGUCGCCCACCAAGCCUGGAUCACAGUAUUACCAGCACUACAACAACAACCCUCGCCGGAGACCACUGCACAGCGACAACAUGGAGGUUCAGACAAAGAAAGUUCGGAAAGUUCCCCCCGGUUUGCCUUCCUCAGUAAGUCAAAUUUUAUUUGGAUUUUAAUGCUGUUUUAAACUGUGGCUUGAAAUAAUUGUACACAAACACUUUUUUGUUUUGUUUUACCCCAAUGAGAUUCUCUAUUUUUCUGAUCAACAAGGAUCAUGAAUUGUUUACUAUACACUGGCGUCCGAAAUGAUUGACACCAUUGAUCAAGAGCAGCAAUAAUGACUGUAGAAAAUAAAUCAUUCAAAUACUGAGCUAUAUUGUACGCUCAAAAAAAUAAAUAAAGGGAAAUUAUAGUAUUUUAAUACUAAUACUAAUUGCUCAGAGAAAGAGAGUUUAUUUAAGGGUCAGAAUUAAUUCAGGAUGAUCCGUAACCAUGGUAGCAUCCACAUGAAUGUAGGAGUGUUUAGAACCAUGUUCUAUUCUCAUUUACAAUAAAAGUGACUCCAAAAUGACACAAUACAUUAUUUACCCUUCAUUUCUAUUGGGCACAAAAUGAUCUGAAACACAAACAAAACUAACAACAAAUGCAUCCAACAUGUUUGUAGAGUCACAAGCUCUAUGUAAUCAUUGCCUUCUUGGAAUAUGAGGUGAAAUACUAAACUUUUGACUACUUUGAUUUAUUUUAUGUAU